AAAUCCAGGAUCCAGUCGUCGUUGAAGUAACGUUUUCUUGCUUCGCUCAAAAGCUACUCGCACAUGGUCGGCAGUCCAGUAUACGGUACGGUUGAAACUUCAGACAAAGUCGAGAAGAGGCGUACAUUUACACUAGGAAAAUGGAAGAAACCAUGCAGACUUCUGUAGCAGAUGCUGGUAGCAAUGGAGACAUUGUUCCAUCACCAGAGAAAAAAGCAAAAGGAGCAGAAGGAACCUCAGUAGAUUCUAUGACCUCCAAGGACUAUUACUUCGAUUCAUAUGCUCACUUUGGUAUCCAUGAGGAAAUGUUGAAAGAUGAAGUGAGAACGCUAACCUACAAGAACUCAAUGUAUCACAAUAAACAUUUAUUCAGGGGGAAGACGGUCCUUGAUGUAGGCUGCGGCACCGGUAUUCUGUGCAUGUUUGCUGCAAAAGCAGGGGCAAAGCAAGUAAUUGGGAUUGAGUGCUCUAGUAUAGUGGAUCAUGCCAAGAAAAUUGUUGAAGCAAAUAACAUGGGGGAUGUGAUAACAUUGGUAAAAGGCAAAGUUGAAGAAGUGGAAUUACCAGUAGAAAAAGUGGAUAUAAUCAUCAGUGAAUGGAUGGGGUAUUGUCUAUUUUAUGAAAGCAUGUUAAAUACAGUCAUCUAUGCAAGAGACAAGUGGCUUGCCCCUGAGGGACUUAUAUUUCCAGACCGUGCCACAUUGUAUAUAACAGCAAUAGAAGACAGGCAGUAUAAGGAUGAAAAGAUCAACUGGUGGGAGAAUGUAUAUGGGUUCAACAUGAGCUGCAUACGUGAUGUUGCAGUCAGUGAGCCUCUAGUUGACUGUGUCGACCCCAAGCAGGUUGUAUCCAACGCAUGUCUCCUGAAGGAAAUCGACAUGUACACGGUAAAGGUAGAGGAUGCGACGUUUUCGUCGCCAUUCCAACUGAAGUGUAACCGAAGCGACUACGUUCAAGCGCUUGUCACAUAUUUCAACAUUGAGUUCACUAUGUGCCACAAACGCACCGGGUUUUCUACAGCUCCUGAUGCCCAUUACACACACUGGAAGCAGACUGUUUUUUACUUGGAUGACUACUUAACCGUCAAACGUGGUGAAGGAAUCUCUGGUGUGGUAUCCAUGACACCAAAUCCUAAGAACAACAGAGACCUUGACUUUGAAAUAGAUGUUGAGUUUCAAGGUGAAUUGAGUGAAUGUAAACAACGGUUUACCUACCACAUGCGUUAGGAUACAGUAGACACACCCCCUCAAUUGUGUCUUGUCGAUGGCUUGUAUGCAGACACGGAUUUGUGUCAGGAAUUCUGUCUGCUUGAGUUUUAAUGCUGACCUGAAUGCAUUGCUCUAUCUGGUGCUUAAUGGAGUAGAUUUUGAAUAUUUGAAUUGAGGAAAAUAAUGGUAAAAUUACGUAAUAUAUGGGCUUAAAGCGUCAUAAUUGAAGCCUAUCAUCACCUGAUAAUGAAACAUGUGUCAUUAUAUUUGCCUCAACUUUUUAAAGAUUUGUUGAUAAGAAAUUUUUACCAGGGUCAAAGCCAGAAAUACAAUACAGUUGACCUUGCCUAAGUCGAAUCGAAAAUGCCAUUGCAAAAUUGUUCGACUUAGAUAAAAUUCAACUUACAGAUUGUUAAUUAAUGGAAAACUCAACAAUUUGGCAUGUAAAAUAAGAUCGAUUUAGAAAUUAUUUGAGUUAGGCAAAGUCAACUGUAGGCAAAGUUUAACUGUAGUCAGCCACGCAUGUUUGAAGCAGGAGGGUAAUUGUAACGUCUGCUUUUAAAAUGGUUGCGUAUUUGAUGUUCUCUAGCAUAACAGAAUGGAAACUUUUCUGUUGCUUGUCAAACCGUUAUUAUAAAAAGAUAGGCAACAUCUGUGGCUUUCAAUGUUAUUCAUAUUCGUGUGACUAAAAAAAAAAA